GCGCAGGGACCGGGCCGGGGGCGGGGCCGCGCUGCGCCAAUCGGCGGGCGAGUCCGCGUUGCCGCUCUAGGCCGCUCCGCUUCGGCUCGCUGGUCCCAGAAGGCGCCGGGUUCCCCAAGAUGGCGGCCGACGUGUCCGUUACUCACCGGCCCGCGCUGAGCCCGGACGCCCGAGCCGAGGGGGACGGCGGCGAGGCCGCGGAGCGCCGGGCCCCCGAGCGGGAGCUGCCGCAGCUGGAUCCCGACGAGAUCCGGAGGCGCCUGGAGCACACCGAGCGCCAGUUCCGCAACCGCCGCAAGAUACUGAUCCGGGGCCUCCCGGGGGACGUGACCAACCAGGAAGUGCAUGAUCUCCUCAGUGACUAUGAGCUCAAGUACUGUUUCGUGGACAAAUACAAAGGCACAGCCUUCGUGACUUUGCUGAACGGGGAGCAGGCGGAGGCGGCGAUCCGCACCUUCCACCUUAGCCGCCUGCGGGAGCGCGAGCUGUCGGUGCAGCUGCAGCCCACGGACGCCCUGCUGUGCGUGGCCAACCUGCCCCCCAGCCUCACGCAGGCGCAGUUCGAGGAACUGGUGCGACCCUUUGGGAGCCUGGAGCGCUGCUUCCUGGUCUACAGCAAGCGCAGCGGCCACUCCAAAGGCUACGGUUUUGCCGAGUACAUGAAGAAGGACUCGGCCGCUCGCGCCAAGUCGGACCUGCUGGGCAAGCCGCUGGGCUCACGCACGCUGUACGUGCACUGGACAGACGCCGGGCACCUGACGCCCGCCCUGCUGCACUCCCGCUGCCUCUGCGUCGACCGCCUGCCUCCUGGCUUCAACGACGUGGACGCCCUGCGCCAGGCGCUGUCUGCCGUCCACACGCCUACCUUCUGCCAGCUGGCGUGCGGCCAGGACGGGCAGCUGAAGGGCUUCGCGGUGCUGGAGUAUGAGACGGCCGAGAUGGCGGAGGAGGUGCAGCAGCGGGCCGACGGCCUGGCCCUGGGUGGCAGUCACCUGCGCGUGUCCUUCUGCGCCCCGGGGCCGCCUGGCCGCAGCAUGCUGGCUGCGCUCAUCGCCGCCCAGGCCACGGCCCUCAACCGGGGGAAGGGGCUGCUCCCCGAGCCGAACCUGCUACAGCUGCUCAGCAGCCUGGGCCCCUCCGCCUCGCUGCAGUUGCUGCUUAACCCCCUGCUGCAGGGCGGCGCUGGCGGCAAGCAGGGCCUCCUGGGCGCACCACCGGCCAUGCCGCUGCUCAACGGGCCUGCCCUGUCCACAGCACUGCUGCAGCUCGCCCUGCAGAACCAGGGCCAAAAGAAGCCGGGGAUCCUGGGAGACUCCCCUCUGGGGGUGCCACCGGCCAACCCCCUCCUGGGGGAAGGGCCUGCAGGAGGGGCCCUGCCCCCAGAGAUGCCACCUCGGCGAGGGAAACCACCCCCACUGAUGCCGCCCCUGCUGGGCCCCUCAGGGGGUGACCGGGAGCCCCUGGGCCUGGGUCCCCCAGCAGCCCAGCUCACGCCGCCCCCUGCCCCCGGGGGGCCCCGCAGCAGCAGCCUCAGGGGCCUGCAGAAAGGUGGCGGGCCUCUGCCUCCCUCCUCUGGGGUCUCACUGCUCGGGGAGCCCCCGAAAGACUACCGGAUCCCCCUGAACCCCUACCUGAAUCUACACAGUGUGCUUCCGCCCAGCAGCCUGGCGGGGAGGGAGCCCCGUGGCUGGGGAGGCCCUGGCAGAGGCCCCCACCCGCCUGAGGGCCCCCCACCCAACCCCCCGGCCCCCAGGGGUGGGGGCAGCAAAGCCUUCCCGCUCAAGUCCCACCUGCUCAGCCCCCUCUCCAGUUCCCGCCUGCCCCCCGAGCCAGGGCCCCCCGACGGCUACGGUGGCUUUGAGUGCCCCCCGGACGUGGGACCUCGGCGUCUCUACCCCCACCCGCGGGAGCCCGGCUUCGGACACCACAGACCUAACCGCCACAAGAUGUCGCCCCCAUCCAGUGGCUUCAGUGAGCGGGGUGGCGGCGCUGGGGGGGGCGGACCCCUGUCUCACUUCUACUCGGGUUCCCCCACCUCCUACUUCACCAGCGGCCUGCAGGCCGGCCUGAAGCAGAGCCAGCUCAGCAAGGCGGUCGGCUCCUCCCCGCUGGGCUCCGGGGAAGGGCUCCUGGGCCUGAGCCCGGGGCCCAACGGCCACAGCCACAGCCACAGCCACCUGCUGAAGACCCCGCUGGGCGGCCAGAAGCGCAGUUUUGCCCACCUGCUGCCCUCACCCGAGCCCAGCCCGGAAGGCAGCUACGUGGGCCAGCACUCCCAGGGUCUUGGUGGCCACUACGCAGACUCCUACCUGAAGCGGAAGCGCGUUUUCUAAGGGA